AAAACACAAUUACACUAUACUUGCCACAACUUAAGAUUUAACUUUAUAUAUAUUUACAUUUAACAAAUAUAAGUACUUUAAAGUCUUUAAAAUACUUAAUUUAUUGAAUGUGACACGAUCAAAUAAAAUAAUAAACUAUUGCAAGGUGCGUCUCAUAUAUUACAGUGGAGGAAAUCAACCUCUGUUGAAAUGGGAACUAUUAUUCAUUUAGUGCAUAAAACCUUCAACAUUAUAACGGAAUUUAUUCAGAAGGCUGAAGGGGCAGAUUUGGUCGAAUGUCACAGAAUCACUUACCACAUUCGUGAGGAUGACAGUCACUGCAGCAGCUCGACUUACCUGCUCAUUUUAGAGCAGAUGAUAUCAAAACUAAAGGAUAUCAUUGAGAAUUUGAAGAAUGAUGUUGAGAAGUCACAGUCUUCAGCCCCACAAGUUCUGCAUGCAUCAGAAGGCUCUUCUGAUAAUGAAAGUUCCGAAGAGUCGCUGGAAAACUCUGGGGAUGGUAAUGAAAGUUUGGGAUGUCAAAAGAUGCCAAAUUCCUCCUCAUUUGUGAUGCCUGCAGACAGUAAGCCAUUAUCUGAUAAACACCCAUCAAUAGAUGCACUUGUGGAUGAUGGAAAUGCAUCUGGAAUGGUUUUAUCACCUAAUAUUGUGACCUCUACAUCAUCGAGUGCACUGUCAGGGGCAGUUCUGCCCACCUCUUUCUCUAACACAUUUUCAACAGCUCCAGAAACUCACUCAUCACAAAUUAGUGGAAUAACAGAUCCAACCACAAUUCUUACUUCAUCACUAAAUGUUGAGCAGUCAUUAUGUGAUACUAGCUAUGGAGACCAAGCAGAACAUUUAAAAUGCAUGAAGUGUGGAGCAGAACUACCAGUGGAUGAUGAGGCAGCAUAUUGCAGCAUGUCCAACUGUGCCAUCCUGCACACUUGUCCACGGUGUUGCAGUAUUGCAGAUUCAGUCUCCAAAAGACGAAGACGAAUAGUAGAAGCGGAUGAACCAUCCGUUUCUGUUGACUUGACUGGAAGUGAAAAUAAGAGCUCUGAAACACCUGUCAAAAAACAUACGUGUGAAAAAUGUGGACGAGUUUUCUCCAAAUGGAAACAUCUCUCUAUUCACUAUACAAAGGUACAUUUAGAUGAAGAUGGUGGAGAGGUGGGUCAUCCAGAACUUCUGGGAAGCAAUACACUGCCGCUCUACUGUUGUAAGACGUGCAACCUGGCCUGUCUUUCUGUACAGAGGUUUAACACACACACAUGUCGUCUUCCCACUGACGAUGAUAACACCACUUCCACUCUUUCAAACAGAAUUCUUAUUACCAAUGUACUUAAACUGCACAAACUUCGUAAGUUUGUGUGCGAGACUUGUGGUGUGGAGUAUCGGACUUUCAAACGCAUCACCUACCACCUGCCUCGCUGUUCGCCUGGGCCUUAUCCUUGCAAUGUGUGUGCAUUGCUCUUUACUACACAAAAGGAACUUAACUACCACAAGAAAAAGUUGCACAAGGAUGAAAAAUGCUUUGUAUGUGAAGAGUGUGGAAAGUCAUUCCAGAGGAGAACAUCGCUACAGAAGCAUGCCAUUAACUGGCACGAGUCAAAUAGCGCCAUGGGUCCAUUCAAGUGUGAGCUGUGCCCAAAGAAGUUUAUCCGUCGAAUAUACCUAACAAAUCAUAAACUGAGGAUGCAUGGACUGGACAAAAAGUUUUUGUGUCAGGUAUGUGGUAAUAAAUUCAUGACACAAAAUUCCCUCAUGGCCCACAUGGAGGUCCAUAAUGAGCAUAAACGGUUUGAAUGCACCUUUUGCAAGAAGAAGUUUAAAAGGAAGGAAAAGCUCAAGUACCACGAGAGAAUACACACAGGAGAGAGGCCCUUCCAUUGCCAGUUAUGUGUUCGUGGCUUUGUCAGCAAAACGAAGCUAGAUGAGCACGUGAGUCGUCAUCGUGGGGACCGCCGCUACCGCUGUUCCUACUGCACCAAGACAUAUGCAGGAGCAUGGGAUUUAAAGCAACAUGUCAGAAAAGUGCAUGACAAGCUGUGUGAGAAAGUAGCAGUGACUGUUGUUGCUCCGAACCAAACGAGCACUGGUAACUCUGCACUGACUCAGGUACAAGUUUUGGAUCCUUUAGCCAUAGCAACUGCAGCAUCUGGUCUCAAGGAAGAGGAAGGAGUUACAUGUGGGAGUAGUAUGGCGCACUCUCAUACCCAAGGCAAUACCUCGUCGGCCACCCUUGAAGAGGUUGGCAGUGGACUGGUUGGGGCUGCUCAAUACAUUACUGUGAGUGGGCAGCCAGCAGUGACUAUUCCAGUAGUGGGAAGCAUACAGGGACAUAUCCCACCUCUUGGUCAUGUUGUGCAGGUAUCUGGCUCAACUGUUCCUCUGGCUGGUGUUGGGACAGCCAUUGGCACUGGUGGAACAUCAAUGCAAACAGUACAGACAGUGCAGGCAGUCCAGACCAUUCCAGGAGUGACUGCUACUGAAUACUCUGUCCAGACUCUCCCUCCUCAAGCAGUACAUACCACACAAGGCUAUAUUUUCACUCAAGGCUUUGAUAUGGUCAGUGGCACCUUGCAGUAUUAGUAAGCACACUGUAAGGGAUGGAUUUCCAAAGAAGAUGGAAUACUUGAGACAACCAGACAUUUGUAAAGGCUACAGAUUUUGCUAAUUAUUCUCAGUAGAGAUAAUCUACAUGGAGUUGUCACCUUAAGUGUAAUCAAAAUACAGUAUUAAUUGAAAUUGCUAAGCUUACUACAUUAUUGACAUUACUAGGUAUCAUAUAGCUAUCCUGGUAUGUUUGUAUGUUGGCAAAGGACUUGUCAUUAUUUAUGCCACAUGGUCUUUAAGGCAGUAUUCUGGCAGGAGAACUUAAUGCUGUAUGAAAUGUAAUUACUGUACCAACAGACACCUCUUUUAAAAGGUAAUUCAACAUGUUUCUUCAAAUCAUCUAUAGUCAGCUGGGUCAUGGUAUCAUGUUGAACUGCAACCUGCAAGCAGCAAUAGUCUGACUUAUGAAGACUAGCUGUCAACAGUACGGCCUAAUUAGAGAUUAGACUACUGGGAUGAUUUUCCUUAAAACUAUCAUGAGAUAUUAAUGACUAAGCAUAUCUGAGAUUCAAAAUAAUGGAUUGGCCAACCAUUUAAGAAAACUAAAUUGAAAAAUGAGUAAAGAAUGUAUAAAGAGAAAAUAAGAAAAAAUAUUAAAAGUAAUAAUAAAUUUUACUUGAUAAGACAGAAUCUCAAAAAAUAUAUCUCGGAUUGAGUGAACUAUACCAUAAAUAUUAGGAAGAAAAGCCUCAUAAUUUAUUAAUAACUUUUCUUGUGGUUGUACUGUGCAUCAUUGGGUGUUCCAUACCAGCAAUUGAAGGCAAUUUAAAUACUUAUGAAAGAUACUACAAAAGUAUGAAAGAGAGCUUCAAUCUUGCAGGUAAAUGUAUCAUGCUUCUUUACCACUCUUGAUACAAUAUACAUGUAAUGUUUUAACUGUGCAUUCAUUUUAGUAAGAUAUUGUACUUAGUAUUUUCUUUAUUUCAUUCUGACAAACUAUAAGUAGAGUGGCCAGUUUAUUUCAGAUCUUAUACAGUAGUUGAAAAGUCAUCAGUAUAUUGGUUUUCAUAAUGACUUGUCAUCAUCCAAAGAAACCAUUAUUUAAUAUAUUUUUGUACUUUCUAACACAUACAGAAGCAUGGUAACACUAGAUUUAUUUUGAAUGUGUGUAGUAAAAUAUGCGACGCCAAAAGAUGCAUAUUUGGACCAAAAUAUUCAGUGAAGAUUUUCCUACAUUGGAGUGGAAAUAAAAUAGAAAAGCAGUUGCCAUAAGUUGGCAAUGUUGUGAUAUAUACGUUGUAUAUAUAUAAACAAAAGUAUACCUAAUAGGUAAUACUCAAGCUUGUGUCUAGUAACAACCCAAGUUUAUAUCUUGCAAACUAAUGGAGUGUAUGUCCCAUUUUCUUUUUUUCUUUUCCCUCUCAAAAGAGGUGUUCACUUCCUACUAAGUAUUGUGCCAAACUAUGAGAUAAGAUGUAGAUAUUAGAACAAGUAAUAAGGAGCAAAGCAUAUCACAUUUUGUCUCACUAUCUGUUCUUAAUUAUUAUUGUCCUUUGGUUCAAGAGUUGUCAAUACAUGCCUCUCCACUUUCGUGUCACGAAUGAUCUAGUAGUUCUUCAGUUUUAUGGAGAUUUUAUUUACUCUACUUCUAUAAUGCUCUAUAUUAUAUAUUAUAUUAAAUAUAUUAUACUUCUAUACUAUAUUUAUUAUAUAUACUUCUAUAUUAUGCUUCUAUAAUAUGGUUUACUUAUAUAUUAUUUUGUCAGGUGUAACUCAUAAAAGUCAUUUAUGGUUUCUCAAUCUUUUGAUCUCUAGAUACUGUACAUUGAUUACUUUAUGGGGUAACUUGCUUCAUCUUUCAAGAUUUGUAGGUCUACUACUGACUACUGCAUGUAGGAAAUUAUUGUGUGCCUAGAAUAUUACAACAGACCUUAGUGAAACUCGUCAGAUGUGUAGCAAUCGUGCAAUUUAAUUGGAAAAAAAGUUUUGUCUGCCAGCAUGUCACUUCUUUACAGUAUAAACAAAGGUGGGGGAAAUAUUUGUGGCAAUGUCACUAGUGUUUUUGUGUAUGAAAACACAACAGAAUUGCUUUUUUACAUACAUCUCCAGAAGAGUAUAUAGUAUUGACUCAUGACAAUUCUUAUUUUUUGGCUUUCAACCACUCUACCCAGGAACUUGUUAACUGCAGCUGGGUCAGUCUAACCUUCUUAUCUCUAACAUUGUUGGAGUCUUUUUCUACACAUCACCAUCUGGCCAUACCUAGAGGGGGAAUGGUGUGGUAACCUUGCGCUGAUUUUGGGGCUCAACAUCCCCACGGCCCGGUCCUCGACCAGGCAGCGAGGAUGUCGAGUUGUCUGGUUGUUGGUAAGCCAAACAAGACCCCUGUGUGUGAGCUGCAUACUUCCUAUAGUGUACUGUACUCUUGUUUUUAUUGCUAGGUUGAGCAGGCUGCAAGCACUCGUUUCUUAUUUUGAGUUUAUUCAUAUAGAUUAUUUAUUUCCAUAUUUGUGUAUUGUACAACAUUUGCCAAUUCAAAUACAUGCUCAUGCUGUUUUGGGAAGCAUUUAUUGAAUAUUGGUAAAUUUUAGUGCAGUACUGUAGAUAUCUUUAGUGGAGAACAUUGACUUUUAAUGUUCAAAAUCAAUCUAGAUAGGUUAUACACAUCUAUCAUGGGAAAAGUAAAAAUAUACACUGGCUGUGAAUGCACUGAAAUAAAGAUGUCUUCAAUUAUCAAAUGACAAAUCUAAUGCAAUUUUACCUAUUCAUACAUUUGAUAUUGUAAUGUGAAACGUUUGUGCAUGAUAGUUGUACUAUACAGUACAGUGUGUGUGUGUGUUAGGGGUAUAAUUUUGUCUUCAAUGCCUACAGCAUAGCACAAUUAUAAUUACAUUUGUGUGCUGAUAAUGUAUAUACAGUAUUGUUUGAUCAAUAUUUCUUGUCUCAUUAGUGCAUUUGUUAUUUAUUACAUUGAACAAUUGUCUUCUAAUUGUAUGCAGAUUAUAUACAUAAAUAUAUUUUAUCCAGAAAAGGUGAAUAUAAAAAGUAUUUUUGU